AUGGCACGGAACGAGCAAAACCUAGAGGAAUCGCAGGAUUCAGAGCGGGCACCACUCCUCCUGAGCAAUGUAGCGAGACAUACACCCACACCACUUCCUUGGCGUCAACUAUUUGUCUUGUUCUGGAUACAACUAGCGGAACCUUUGACUUCGCAGGUCAUUUAUCCUUUUAUCAAUAAAAUGGUCAGUGAUAUGCCCAUAACAGGCGGAGACGAGGCAAAAAUGGGCUAUUAUGCUGGUCUGAUUGAAUCUCUAUUCUCAGUUACCCAAGCUCUGACCGUGCUUUACUGGAGCCGACUUUCUGACCGCGUUGGGCGCAAACCUAUCAUCCUUAUCGGACUUUUGGGUUUGACACUAUCGACGGCAUGCUUUGGUGUUAGUAGUACAUUUUGGGGUCUAAUUCUAAGUCGCUGCCUUUCCGGUGCCCUCAACGGAAACGCUGGAGUCAUCAAAAGUAUGAUGGGGGAAAUAACUGACGAGACCACUAUCGCUCAAGCUAUGGCACUGAUGCCGGUUAUAUGGAAUACGGGUGCCACUAUUGGUCCAGUCAUUGGAGGUUGGCUGUCGAACCCUCAUGAACAAUUUCCUUCGUUAUUUCCAGGGCAUUUUUGGAAGAUGUAUCCUUAUGCUCUACCGUGUUUCGUCGUGGCGAUAUAUUGUGCAGGGACCUUGAUUGUGACGUUCUUGUAUCUGGAUGAGUCUGUGAAAUUCUACAAUGCUGCCUCUGAUACCUUGGAAGCGGGCGAUACCUCUACCUCUUCUACUCCUUCCGCUCUGCCAUCUCAACUCCCCCUUUCUAAAGUACUCACCCCUCAAGUUCGGAUAUCUAUCAUCACCUACACCCUCCUGGCCUUCCUUGACAUCGCCCUGCGUGCAAUUCAACCGCUCUUCCUCACCGCAUCACCAUCGUUUGGUGGGCUUGGCUUCAGUGUUCCGCUCGUCGGUACCUGUCUUGCUGCGUUUUUUUUCGCUAGCGGAAUAUAUCAAGCUCUGGCGUUUGCGCCAAUAUACGCGUGGAUGGGCCCCAAAAGAAUUUAUGUGAUCAGUAUGAUGAUGUUUGUACCAAUCUGGGUACUUUUUCCGAUGAUGAGCAGGAGCUUGGGUAAGGACAAGGCUGUCAAUGUAGUUACAUGGGUAGACUUGGUGUUACAAAUCAGUUUGUAUGUUAUCAUGGAUAUGGGUUUUAGCUCAGCAUUCAUCUACAUCCGUGCAUCAGCACCCAAUGCAUAUUCUAUCGGGGUAACAAAUGGUCUUGCUCAAACUGGUGCCUCUAUCGCUCGAGCCAUUGGACCUGCAUCUGCAACGUCAUUAUUUGCACUUUCCGUCCAAAUUUCGCUGAACACACAGAUUCACAUAGGAAUAGUGCUUCGAUGGCUUGGAUCAAAUCUUGUAUAUGUGGUAUUCAUACUGAUCAGCGUUGGCGCGGUGAUGGCUGUGAAGAGAUUACCGGAAAAGCUUGAACUCUUAGUUGUUAAUCAACGAGAGUGA